GUGGGGCUGCCAAGGACCCUCAGACACCCCCUGCCCUCCUCCCUCCAGGAGCGACUGCCUCCAGCAGAGUUGUAAACUCCUUGGGGAAUAGAGGCAGAUGGGACUCCCGCCUCCCAUCGGAGCCCUGGAGACAGGGCCAGCCCCUGGCCGCCAGCCCCCCUCCGCCUGGCCCCCAGCCUAACCGUCAGCUCUUCUGGCCUGUCCAGGCCCCUUUGAUGGAGCCGCAGAAACAAGGGCUCCUUUGACAGAAGGGGGGCCUCAGAGCCUGGAUGAUGGGACUUCAAAGCUCUGUCAGCCCAGGGGACAAAAGUGUUGCGGGCUGCCCAGAGGAGCGCCGAGUGGGCAGUAAAUCGAGUGGCGAUGGAGAUCCAGCACAGGCUGCACGAGUGCCGUAGCUGUGCCAACCACACCACCCCAUGCCCUGCACCUGGGUGGCCCAGGCUUCAAGCCCCCUUCCUCCAGGAUCCACCUGAGCCAGGUCCUUGUGGAGAGAGACACCCGGGCACUGUCAACGUGACGCGGGCCCACGGCCGCAUUGUGGGGGGCAGCGCUGCACCCCCAGGGUCCUGGCCCUGGCUGGUGAGGCUGCAACUCGGUGGGCAGCCUCUGUGCGGCGGCGUCCUGGUGGCGGCAUCCUGGGUGCUCACGGCGGCGCACUGCUUCGCGGGCGCCCAGAACGAGCUUCUGUGGACCGUGACGCUGGCCGAGGGGCCCCGCGGGGAAAAAGCGGAGGAGGUACCUGUGAACCGCAUCUUGCCCCACCCCAAGUUUGACCCUCGGACCUUCCACAACGACCUGGCCCUGGUGCAGCUGUGGACGCCCGUGAGCCCGGCAGGGGCGGCGCGCCCUGUGUGCCUGCCCCAGGAGCCCCAGGAGCCCCCCGCCGGCACCGCCUGCGCCAUCGCGGGCUGGGGUGCCCUCUUCGAAGAUGGGCCUGAGGCUGAGGCGGUGAGGGAGGCCCGAGUGCCCCUACUCAGCCCGGAUACCUGCAGAAGGGCCCUGGGACCUGGGCUGCGCCCUAGCAGCAUGCUCUGUGCUGGCUACCUGGCCGGGGGCAUUGACUCGUGCCAGGGUGACUCUGGAGGCCCCCUGACCUGUUCUGAGCCUGGUCCCCACCCCAGGGAGGUCUUGUACGGAGUCACUUCCUGGGGGGACGGAUGUGGGGAGCCAGGGAAGCCGGGAGUCUACACCCGUGUGGCUGUGUUCAAGGACUGGCUCCGGGAGCAGAUGAGUGCGGCCCCCUUCAGCCACGAGCCCAGCUGCAGGGAGCUUCUGGCUUGGAACCCGAAAGAGGAGCCUCUGGCCGAGGCCGCCCCGCCCUGCGCCUUCUACGCCCACCUGUGCCCGGGGCCCGCGGGCGCCUGUGCGCGUUUGGCGCACCAGCAGUGCCUGCAGCGCCGCCGCCGAUGUGAACUGCGCUCGCUGGCGCACACCCUGCUGGAACUGCUGCGAGGCGCCCAGGAACUGUUCGGCCCGCGCCCGGGGGUGCGGCGCCUGGCCCCGGCCCUGACUCGCCCAGCUCCGCGGCUCCGGGAUCCGCCCAGGCGCCCUUCUCACGAGCAGCGGCUGCACCCAGGAUCGUGGGCUGCGGGCACGAGGUUUCCGAAGCGGAGGUCGGAGCCGCGCGCAGAAGCAAACGGCUGCCCUGGGUUGGAGCCCCUGCGGCAGAAGCUGGCCACCCUCCAGGGCACCCACGCCUGGAUUCUGCAGGUCCCCUCAGAGCGCCUGGCCAUGGACUUUCAUGAGGUGCUGGCAGAUCUGGGCUCCAAGACACUGACCGGGCUCUUCCGAGCCUGGAUUCAAGCAGGCUUGGGGGGCCGGCACGUGGUCUUUGGCGGCCUGGUGGGCUUGGAGCCAGCCACGCUGGCACGAAGCCUUCCCCGGUUGCUGGUGCAGGCUCUGCAGGCCUUCCGCUUGGCAGCCCUGGCGGAGGCAGAGCCCCAGGGAGCUCAGAUGGGUUCAAGGCAGGCCUGACGGCUGGGGAGGAAAUGGCACCACCGACUCAGCCCUCGGGUUCCCCCAGGGGGCGCUCAUGAGCCACGUCUCCACCCCAGCCCCUUGUCGGGACUGCUGUUCCAGGGGCCUGGGAAGGGUUCAGGGAGCAUGAUGACAAACUGUCACUGCCAGAGUUGGGUGGGUGUGGAGGGGGUGGGGCAGGAGUCCUGAGCCCGAUAUGUCUUCCCAGAUGCUCCGUCAGAGAAUCACAGCUGCUUUAAUAAACAUUAUUUAUCAUCUACGGAGAUAAAUCCAGA